UAACAUUACUUCGAAAGAUCGAUUAAAUCCACCAAAAAAGGCUUAUAAUGGAUGACUUGAGACUAUCAGAAAUGGCUUAUCUUAAUAUUCCCGAUCGGGACCGGGAUAAGAGCCCCUCUCCAGCCGAUUCUAUGGCCUCUUCAGCCACCGAUCUCUCAACUCUACCCAUGAAUUUAGGACAAAGAAGGGAUGAAUCGGCGGGACUAAACAGUCACUUAGUGUUUGCCAUAUCUGCGGCGGCAUUGGGUUCAUCCUUCCAA